UUCUUCUACCAUUAUGUAAAGUAUCCGCGAUCACAGACGAUUUGUAGAUGUUCGAACAAAAGCUUGAUGAACCAUACUAAUUUAAGUGUUUGCUAAACGUACAACUUUGUAAAAAUACCAUAAAGUAUUUUACUUUUACUACGUGAUUCAUCAACCAUAUACUGUUAGUAUAUUCAGUGCAAACAAUGUCAAACGAACCCCAAGACGUUGAUAAUUCAUUAACAGAACAAUUUUCUGUCAAUGUCGACGAUAGUUUAUUAUUUUUCUCAACUAUAGAUGAUGCCACAAAAGAAUGGCUAAAAUCCUUGAAGCAUAUAUGGCAAUUAUGGAAAAAGUGUGAUGGCAUAAGCAAAACAUUGACAGAUUAUUUUGAGAGUCUACCUAAUCCAUAUUUAAGCACAUUACAAUUACUUCUAAACACUGGAGAUUUUCAGCAUAUGAAAGCAAACUCAUCAUUGGCUUUCACAGUCAUAGAAGAGUUUGCAAAAUGGAUGGAAGUACGGAAGGAGAUAUACAAACAUUUUCUAGUUGUAGAUUUAAAAAUAGCAGCAUUUCGAUUAAUCAUUAAACAAAACAACAUGAAAUUUAUUAAAAUGGUUGCAGUUACAUAUGAUUUCAUAGAGGACAAAGAAGAAUUUCUAUCUAUAAUUACGAAAAUGAUUGAAGAAAAAAAAUACAAAGAAGCAGCACAGUAUGCAGUUAUAUUGGAAUUACAAGAUUACUUUCCAGAUCCAGAAACAUUAAUGUUACCACUUAUUCUGCAGAAUAAAUUAACUGUUGUAACUGAAUUUUUAUCAGUAUGUCCACAAAUGCAAAAAACUUUAGUCACAUAUUUAGAUAAUUUAAUUGGACCUGAUACUAUUAUGUCCAACCUACUGAAUAAAAUAAUUCUAAAAAAUAAUAUACCAGAUAUAAAAAUACCAACAUCACAAACACGACCAAUGAUUAAAUUAAUAGCACGCUUAGUCAAAUUAUAUAAUCUUCCACCACAAUGUUGUCCAAAUUUAAAUAAAAAACGAUGUGAAGGUGCUUUACAAUUCCUUAUACAUAAACGUUAUGUGGAUUGUAGUUUAAGUACUGCUAGUUGGAGAGAAAUGGUACAAGAUGCAGUGGGAGAUUGUGAAGCAUUACAAUUUGGUAUUAUAAGAAUGUUAAUUAAUGCCAAAGAUGCAAGUGAAGGUUUAUAUUGGGCUAAAAAAUUUAAUAUACCUAAAAAACAGUGGCCAUGGUCACUUUCAUAUGAAGAAGAACAAAAUGAAAAUGAAGGGGUAAAUGAAGGUGCUUCAACUAGCAAGAUGUAUGAUAGGGAAGGCAGUGAUGAUUCCAUGAAUUAUCAUGAAUUCAGAUUAUCAAAAGAUUCCAUUAAAGUAGUAGAUAAUCUUCGUAGUUUUGAAGAAUUUCUUGAUACUGGUUUAAAAGGAGUUUCGAUUGUUGGUAUUGAUUCAGAAUGGAAACCAUGUUUUGGUACAAAACAGACAGAAUUAGCUUUAAUACAAAUAGCUACAAAAACUAAUGUAUACAUCUUAGAUGUUACUACAAUAGGAAACGAAUUAUCAGAAUUAUGGACUGAGUUGGUCUUAACUCUAUUUGAAAACAAAAAUAUUUUAAAACUCGGAUUUGGAAUAGCUCAAGAUAUAACGGUCAUCCGCGGUAGUAUACCUGCACUAUCAGAAAUAAAAACAUGUGGGCAAGGGUAUUUAGAUAUAACACAUUUAUGGCAGAAAUUGGUGGAUGAUUAUCAGUUUAUAUUUCCACAUGAAAGUGAUGAUCAAUUAACCAAGAAAAAUUUGAGUAAGCUUGUAGAGCUUUGCCUUGGGCAAAAACUAAAUAAAUCUGAUCAGUUUUCUAAUUGGGAGCAAAGACCGCUAAGAGAAAGUCAAAUAACAUAUGCAGGUGCUUUAGACGCGUAUUGUUUGCUGGAAGUAUAUGUAGCUUUAGAAGCUCAAUGUGAACACUUGGAUAUACCAUUUCACGAUAUUUGUUUUGAAAUCCAACAUAUCCCGCAUCAUUCACCCAAAAAAAAUAUUAAAAAACCUGUAGAAAAGCCAUGUGCAAUUAAAAAUAAAGAUUUGAAUCCCACUAAGCAACAUAAUUACACAAGAAAAUUACCGCCAAGAUUUCAAAAACCGCAGCAUGAAAAUGGACAAUAUUUUAAUAAAUUGCAACAAUCAAUAAGACCAACAUAUUCAAAUGAACCACUUUACGAAAAUACGUUGAAACAUGUAAAAAACAGCAAUUAUAAAAGUAGAACUCAAGAAACCAGUCAACAAAUGAUUAAACAGAAAUACACGCCAGCACAUAAUUGGCGCGUCGUUUGUGAUGCAAUGUUAGGUGGACUAACCAGCAAAUUACGAAUAUAUGGUUGUGAUUGUAUUCAUAUUGCAUUAGAUCAAGGUGGAGAAAGAUCUGUUAAAUUAGCAAUGCAUGAAAAUAGGGUACUUUUAACUCGUAACAAAGGAUAUUUAAGAUUUUUUCAAUACCUACAACCAGGGAACUGUUAUCUAGUUUCAGCUGAUACCGCUGAAGAUCAAUUACGAGAAGUGAUAAAUCACUUCGGAAUUGUAAUUACACAAAGAGAUAUUUUUAGUCGAUGCCAAGCUUGUAACAGUGACGAAUUUACAAAAGUUCCAAAAGUAUUAAUGGACAAACUGAUACAGAGCUACCUUAAACUAAUACGUAAAGAUAAUUAUCGAAUACCUUCAAACACGUUGAACCUCAUCAGUAGUAUACAUCGUUCAGGAGUAACAGUAUCAAAUUCGAACGAUAAUCAUUUGCAACAUUGUAAUUUUGUAAAUAAUGAUGUGCAAUUUGAAGAUCGUACAUGGGUACUAAGCACGAAUUUUGUGAAUAUUGAUACAUGUUCAACUAAAUACCAUGCAAGAGUACAAAUUGAUAAAGUACCGGUAAACGUACUAAAAAAUGUACAACUUUUUUAUGUUUGUGAACAAUGUGGAAAGAUAUAUUGGAAUGGAACACAUUUAGAACGUACACUCAAUGGUGUUAUCAAAGAUCUUAUUAUUCAUGUGUGAGCUUUUAUUACGAUUACAUGUGAUAUAGUGU